CAAUCAUAGCUUUCUCUCAUCUGUGGGGCACCUCCGACAUCUCCGAAGCGCCGAAACAGGACAGCGAUGGUGCGGGGCCUGCCUGGGCUGCUGGGCGUUGUGGGGGCAGGCCAGAUGGGUGCAGGCAUCGCUCAGGUUGCGGCCUCCAGCGGGCUCCAGGUGCUGCUGGUGGACCGAGCUGCGGAGCAGCUGGAGCGUGCGGCGGCGGGCAUGCGGCACUCGCUGGCCAAGCUGGGCAGGAAGGGCGCCCUGAGCGAGGACCCCGAGGCAAUCCUGCGCCGCCUGCAGCACGCCACCGACCUGGAGGCGCUGUCGGCGGCCGACUACGUUGUGGAGGCGGUGCCCGAGGGCGAGGCGCUCAAGGCGGGGAUCUUCCGGCAGCUGGACGGGCUGGCGCCGCCGCACGUGGUGCUCGCCUCCAACACCUCCUCCAUCUCCAUCACGCGCCUGGCCGCCGCCACCCAGCGCCCCGACAGAGUGGUGGGCCUGCACUUCAUGAACCCGGUGCCGCUGAUGUCGCUGAUCGAGCUGGUGCGCGGGAUCCAGACCAGCGACGAGACGUUUGAGGCCACGCAGCGCCUGGCGCUGCACCUGGGCAAGACGACCUGCGUGUCGCUGGACCGGCCCGGCUUCAUCGUCAACCGCAUCCUGAUGCCCAUGGUCAACGAGGCCUUCUUUGCGUUGAUGGAGGGCGUGGGCACCGCGCACGACAUAGACACGGGCAUGAAGCUGGGCACCAACCAGCCCAUGGGGCCCCUCACGCUCGCGGACUUCAUCGGCCUGGACACGUGCCUGUCGAUCAUGAGGGUGCUGCACGCCAACCUGGGGGAGGACAAGUACAGGCCCUGCCCGCUGCUCAUGCAGUACGUGGAUGCCGGCUGGCUGGGCAAGAAGAGCGGGCGCGGGGUGUACACCUACUCCUGACCGCAUGCAGCGCAUGUGGCGGUGCUGUUGCUGUGUACAUUAUGGAGCCCGAUCACACACUAGAUCAAACUUUUUAAAAAAUAUGUUGCAUUUGCCCGGUGUUGCAUUUUUAGUGCUGGCAGACGAUGCUUUCCAGCCCGAUGCCCCAGCAAAAUUCAAGUGGUUC